AUGCACUACAUUAACCCGUACCAGUUCGGCGUCGGCGGCCCGGAUGCUGGCGCUGGCGCUGGCGCUGCUGGAAUCCAGCUACAGGGCCCCCCUACGGCUGCCUGUACAGCGCCUCCAGCGCCUCCAGGGGCCUUGUCUCCCCCCUCCGUCCCCUCUAUCCCCGCCCACGCUGUCAUUUUACCGCCCGCGCAGCACCUAAACCCCAAUUUCUCCCCCUCAAACUCGAUCCGUCACGCUCGCAGCACUUCUUCUCCUCUUCCUCUAGUUUCACCUCUUGUUCCCUCUGCGCUCGACCGCCGAGCCUCGCGACUCUCGUCUCCCAUCGCCACGAUGCCCGAGUAUCGCCACAUGCGCAGCGGCAGCCUCAGCAUCCCCAGCGCCGCUCACGGAAGCAGCCAUCAUAGCAUGCCGCGCAGCCCGCCCAACACAUCGCACGUCCCGUGCAAGUUUUUCCGCCAGGGAGCCUGCCAGGCCGGCAAUGCCUGUCCCUUCAGCCAUGACCUGGGCGCCGCCUCGGAGACGAUUUGCAAAUAUUUCGCAAAGGGUAACUGCAAGUUUGGCCCCAAGUGCGCAAACAUCCACGUCCUGCCCGACGGCCGCCGAAUCAACUACGGUAAGAAUGGCGUUACCAUCGGCCCAAAUCCCCUCAAUCUUGCCAAUCGUGCGGGCGGCGCCAGUCCCGUCUCCCAGACCCCGGGCUCUGUCAGUAGCCCCUUCAGCCAUUCGACCGCCAGUGCCUUGACCUCGUCCCUCUACCGCGCCGACCAAGCCGUAUAUCCUUAUCACGGCGAUGAGAUUCAGGAGCUCGGCCUCUCUAGUGGCCACGAUAACGGCCCCCCUACCAUUGAUGCGCCAUACUCCGUCACAGAGUCUAGCUAUGGCUCUCCUCCCGACGACGACCCCUCUCGCCUUGGCUUUGGCCUGUCGCCCGCUGCAAGGGGCUUGUCCGUGCUCGAUGCACCAUUGCCCUCUUCGUUCGACUCCAACGGCAUCUCCAACGCCGCCCGUUUCCCUGCUGCGCCAUGGCCUUCGUCUGUGCCGUCAAAGUUUGGCCUCGAAUCACCGUCUCCAUCACUUAGCAGCAUCAAGGACCAACGCACCUCCGAGACGCUCAAGCUGCUCCACUCGUCAGCCUUUGGGUCAUCCGAGCAUCUUGCUACCCCCACCGCCGGCAGCCCUCCAGACUCGCAGCAUCUCACAGGCGAAGAGUACUUUGGGAAGCGAAUUAUGCAUUCGACCCGAUAUCCCAAGCCACGACUGCUCAGUGCCAGCAUGCCCAAGAACAUGGUUGACCGCGAUUGGGAGGCUGAGUUUGCCUUUGGCGACGACGACAACGUGCCGGAAAAUCUUGUUCCUGGCGAUUUGCAGGAUCUGUUGACCCCAGCAGAAAAGGCCCGGAGAGGCUCGAUGCGAGACGAGAGGCCCGACUUCAGCUUCGGUAGUCUUGGCAAGUAUGGCAGCCCCAUCGGUUCAAGCCCGAGCCGAUGGGGACCCCUGUUCCAGCGUCAGAAGGAAGAGGAGGAGAUGACCAGAUCGGCCCGAAGCGCUGCCGGAUCAGCUUUCGGCCAUGUUGGCAGCCCCCUGCGAAAUUCGAUCCUAGCUAAAGAAAUGUCGAACGACCUCCGGGCAUCUGCCGGGGCCGGAAACGAAACCAUCUCAAGCCCGCUUCUGCACCCCACCGUCAGCCGUAACGCCAGCAAUGGUAUCUCACCCAUCGGCAAGGACCGCAGUCUAGAGCGCCACGUCUCCAGCGCCAGCAUUGGUUCGUCCGUCACUGGCAGAUUUACCACUCCGAUUGAUGAAGAGGACCCUGCUUUCGUCUUCAGCAUGGAAGAGGAGGAAGACUCUUCAUCAUCAAAGAUUCGCAAGCGCGGCUCUUCCGGUUUGGCACUGGGAGCCUACAGCUCAUAUGCCAAUGCCGCCGCCGCCAGCAAGACAGUGCCUGCUUCUAACGGCACCAAGGAGGGACGAGACGCUGUACCAGUCAACGGAAGGUAA